AUGAAUGAAGCAGAAAAUAAAGUAGCAGCUUUGUGGGGUUGGGAUAUGGAUGGAUUUAAAAGUGAAAACGGUGAUUUUAGUGCUACUGUACCUUUAAAUAAGAUCUUAGGGUUUGCAGAAGAUUAUGCUAAAAUUGUAAUAAAUUGUAAACAUGAACUUAUACUGAACAGAAGUAAUUCUAACAUAAAUAGUAUUAUUGGAACUGAAGAUGUUGCACAUUUUCAAAUAGACAUAAAAAGAAUACAAUGGCGAGUGCCACAUGUGAAAGUAUCAGAUCGUGAACGACUGAAACUUCUUAAACAUUUAGAAAGAGAUAAACUUAUACAGAUGGCAUUUAGAAAUUGGGAUUUAUAUGAAUACCCUUUACUUCCUACAUCAACUAAGCAUUCCUGGUCUAUUAAGACUGCGUCACAAUUAGAGAAACCUCGAUAUCCUUUAAGUAACAUAGUGCGCAAGUUGACAUGA